GACGCAGCAUGGGGAUCCGAGGCCUGACGUCGUACUGCCACGCCAACCAAGCCGACUGCGGCGACGCCGACGUGGACCUGAGCGGGCAGACGCUGGCCGUCGACCUCGACUCGUUCCUGCACUACGCCUGCGAGCAAGUCUCCAAGCAGUUUGCGCCCUUUGAUGCGAGCUGGGUGCUUCUCGGCGGCGACCAGCGUGCGCUGUACGUCUGGGUCCAGGACUGGAUGAAGAAGUUCUUCCGCGCCAAGAUCCGCCUCAAGUUUGUACGCGACCCGCCCGGGUGCUUGAACACGAUCAAGGACGUGACCCACGAGAAGCGGGCGGACGAGCGCGCCGAGAAGAGCGCGAUCGUUCGUGACGGUAUCUUUGCGUCGCCCACCGAGGUCCUCGAGAGCUCCGCGGUCGUGGACCCGACGACGAUCCGCGUCGACGAGAGCUCGGCUGCGGCCAAGAUCGCUGUCGAGACCCACGCGGUCUUUCCCCUUGCCCGUGCCACUGUGGUGCGGUGCAUUCAACAUGCGGGCUGCUCGCUCAUUACGACGAGCGUCGAAGCCGACGAGGCCCUCGGCAAGAUGGUGCGUGACGGCCUCGCGUUUGCCGUGCUCUCGCAAGACUCGGACUACCUCCUCAUGCAAAACGUCUCGUACAUUCCUUUUCCGAAUGUCACCUUUGGGGACGACGAGACCGUGACCGCCUUUGUCUACCGCGCAACCAAGGUGGCCGACUGCCUCGGCGUUGCGCCCACCAAGCUCAUUGAGGUUGCGCUCGCCUGCGGCAACGACUUUACUCCCUACCUCGAGCGCCAUUUUGAUUUCGCGACGCUUGUCAACCUGCCGUCGCUGCGCCGCGUGAACGGGUUCCUCGGCGUGCAGGCGAGCGUCGAGUGGCUUGCGAGCCAAUUUGGCGAGACCAACUGGCUCGACGACCCGUCGUUCCAGCUCUUCCUCAAAGGCAACGCAUCCGCGCUUAGCUACGUCUAUGCCGUCUACAGCUUUUACGGCGCAGAAGACCAGCUCCUGUCGCGGUACCCGGCUGCGACGCGGCUCUCGUGCCUUCCGCCCGCCGAGUGGAAGAAGGCCAUCAAGCUCCUCGACAAGCAAAUGUACCCGAACUUUGCUCUGGACGUGCUCUACUGCCAAGAGCGCUACCUGAGCGCGCGCCUCGACGCCCUCGAGUCGCAUCCGAUCGCGAUGGACGCCAACUGCCUCAUCUACCACACCCUCGGGCAAACGCAGCCGGUUAUCGAGUUUCUGGCCAACGGCAGCUCGCGCAGCGUGACGCCGCUGAGCAGCGACGGCAAAGCUCCGAUCCCGAUCCACCGGCUCUUGGCCACCGGGAAAGAGACGCGGGCGACGGCGUUUCAGCGCAACGUCGUGUUUCUGUUGGAAAAACACCCGGCGCUCCAGGCGCGGCUCCAGGCGUGGAAGGGCGCCAAGACCCACUUUGAGCUCCAAGUGGUUGCCAACGCGAUCUCGCUGCUUGUGCCAACGCUGAGCGAGCGCCUCCACACGUACGUGCUGCCGCUGCUGCUGACGGCCGCCGUGUGCAAGACGAUGCAAAAGCACGCGACGAUUGUGCCGCUCGUGGGCGUGGCGAACGCGGCCGAGAUGGAGGCCUCGGUCGUCUACCGCUACUGGAUCGACUGGCAGCUCCAUCACCUCAAGAUCCUUGGGUUGUCGCCGCGCCUCAACGAGCACGCCUUCUUCUCGGCCGGUGUCUUCUCGACCAUCCUGUCGCUGGUGACGCCCCAAGUGUACUCGAAGAACCACGUCAACGCGGUCGCGCGUCACUUUUUCGGCGACGACGUCACCUCGCUCCAGCUCUGUUCGUGGUCCUACUGGAUGCUGGCCCCGCUCUUCGAAGAGUAUCAGCCGCCGCCGCUGCCGCUGCUCGCGCCAAAAGGUGCGCUGCUACCGUCGGUGCUCGCCAAGCGCCUUCGCCGCCCCAAGACGACCACAACCUCUGCACCACCAUCGACAGCAUCGCUGACGACGCAGCUCGAGCAGAUGCAGUUGAACCCGCCGCCACUGCCGAUGCCGCCGCGCGAGCCGUUGCCGCCGCGUGAGCCGGUGCAUAUUGAGAAGCUCAUUUUCACGCUGCCGGUCUUUGCGCACAAGGACGAGCUUUUGAACAAUGUGGGCAAAAACCCGCUCACGAUCAUCCAAGGCGAGACGGGCUGCGGCAAGAGUACGUCGGUGCCGCAGUUUAUCCUGGAUGAAGACCCGACCGUCAACAUGUACAUCACGCAGCCCCGACGCGUGGCUGCGAUCACGCUGGCGUCGACCGUCGCCAAGAUGCGGGGCGAAGAGGUCGGCAACACGAUCGGGUACCGUGUCGGGCAGUUCCAGCGCGACUCGAAGGCGACGCGCAUCACGUACGCCACCACGGGCUACAUGCUCGAGCGCAUUAUCCACUCGCCCGAGUCGAUCGCGCAGGUGACGCACCUCGUGCUCGACGAAGCCCACGAGCGCAGCAUGGACAUGGACCUGCUCUUGCUCAUGAUCAAGACCAACUGGCACCUCUGGCCCAACCUCAAGCUCAUUAUCAUGUCGGCCACCAUGGAUGCGGCUAUCUUUUUCAAAUACUUUAAGGACGGCCUCCCCUCGCCGCUCGCGUGGAAGAAGCCGCUGUUUGUCGGCUCGGCGCUCUAUGACGUGACGGCGAUCUACAUGGACGAGGUCCAUAAGCACAUUUCUGGCGUCGCCGAGAUCACCGCGCUGGCCAAGAAGCUCACGACGCAGCUUGCGGGCUGGAAGAAAUCCGACUUGGAUCCCGAAAUCAUGGGCAAAAAGAUUACGCAAGUCGUGUCGAUGCAGCUCGAUCUCUGCGUCGCCCUCGCGCUGCACAUCACCAAGACCGUCGUCGACCCGUCGUGCAUCCUCAUCUUUCUCCCGGGCAUCUCGGACAUUCAGUAUGUCCAUGAGCAGCUCGAGAAGAUGCGCGACAUUCAGCUAUUCGUGCUGCACAGCGAGCUCGACAUUGAGGACCAAGAAAAGGCCUUUGCCCCGGUCGAGGGCAAGGUCAAGAUCAUCCUCUCGACCAACAUUGCCGAGAGCAGUGUGACGAUCCCGGAUCAAAUCAUGAUGCCGACGACGGGCCACAUGGAAGUCCUUGUCCGUUCGUGGUGCUCGCAGGCGUCGGUCAAGCAGCGCUCGGGCCGCGCGGGUCGCAUUCGCCCGGGUACGGCGUACCACUUGUUUACCAAGUCGUUUAUGAACGAGUGCAUGGCCGCGUACACGACGCCCGAGCUGCUCCGGAAGCCGCUCGACAAGAUUGUGCUCCAGCUCAAGGCGCAGCUCGCCCACAUUGACACGCCGACGAACCUCCUCAAAAACGCAAUGAGCGUCCCGAACCUCAACAACAUCACCGGCGCCUACAAGGUGCUGCACGAGAUGGCAGCCGUCACGGAAGCCAACGAAACAACCACGAACGCGAUCACGCCGUUUGGCGUCUUUUGCACGAAUUUUCCGCUCGACGUGCGUCUCUGCCGCCUCCUCAUGUUUGGCCUCAGCGCCUACGACCUCGGCAUGCAGCACGGUCUCGUCGACGUGAUCAUCCUCGCGAGCAUCCUCGCGUCGCCCGAUUUGCACGUGGCGCCGUCCCGCUUCCACAUUACGAGCGCUGGCAAGUACAUGGCUGAGAUGAAGCAUGCGCUCGAGAUGGACGAGAGCGACGACCAGCCGCUGUGGAGCGAGCCGCUGGCCAUGUGGCGCCUUGUCACGCGGUGCUUGAAGCUCAAGUCGAAGGGCGCGGUGAUGCAUUUGCUGCGCAAGCACGCGAUUGCGACGCGCCGCUUCCAGACAAUGUGUGUGCUCAUGGGCGACGUGUGCCUCCGCUUUGUGCGCCUCGCCAAGCGCCAAGACUUUGCCCACUCGCGCGCCUUGCAACCCUCGGUGUUGCGCUCGGUCAUGGCGCUCGAGAAGUUCUGCAACAAGGGCUUUUGCCCCGACUGGAAGCACGAGCACACGCCCGUGCCGAUGCUCCGUCUCGUCUUACUGCUCAACUAUACGGACAGCCUCGUGGCGGGGACCUUGCCCCAACCGGGCGCGAAAGCAAACAAGAAAGGAUUGCCGAGAACCAACCAGGAACCGGUCCACGCCACGCUCACGCUCGACGAAGAGAGCAAGUGGGUCAAGGGCGUGCCUUUGGACGACUUGGUGCGCACGCUAGCACCCAUCGCACGUGACGCAGCGAGCGAGAUCCACUCACUCAAGGUCGACCAGAAGAGCCUCACGAUCCUCUUUGCUAAGACGACGACGACAACCAACGACGACGACGACGACGACAAUGUGGACGUGGCGCCAAGCUUUAACGGCCUUCCGUUUGGUCUCUCGCUGCUGCACUUCAUGCGCGACCGAUCGUUCCCGAUCGAUGUGUCGACCUUGCCGCUCUGGGAGCCGAGCUCCGGAUCCAUUGACUCGAUUCGCCUCCGCAUGCCCCCACGCCAAGUCGCGGGCUGCAGUUUGAUUGCGUGGAAGCAGCUCAAGUCGGGUAUCAAGGUCAAUUGCUCGGGCCGCAAUCCGAUGGGUCUCCCCUUCAAGUAUCUCAACAAGGACAACCAAGUGCACGGUAUCUUCUCCGAGCAGCUCUUGACGGGCGAUGGAUCGAUGAUGCUCGGCGGCAAGUGCACACUCCUGCCCCCCGCGGUCGACAGCUACCUCGCGAUCCUGAUGCUCCUCUCGGCCAAACGCAGCGUGUGGUUCCUCAUGGACAAGACGGGGCUUCUCUGCGUCGCGCUCAAGGUCGACGGCCACAACUACUUGCUGCCUGAAGGCGUUGCGCUUCCGAUCCGAUCGGUCAUGGCAACCGUCAACCAGAUCCGGAAGGACCUCUCGCACGGCCUCACCAAGCCGCUGCGAUCGCUGAACGAGCCAUCGAGCAGCCUGAGUGGCCCCGAGAUGGACGCGCUCUUCUCGACCGCCAAGGCCAAGGGUAAGAAGUGGGACUGGGUUCAAAUGGAGCUCGAGGCCGCGUACUUUGAGCCGUUCCCGCAAAUCAUGCUCGAUGAGGACUAG